AUGUUUGCUUUUGCUGCCGUUACCGAUGUUGCUGGUACCGAUGUGCCUCCCACCACUGCCGCCGCCCUCCCGUGUGCCUCAUUCUGCAGAAGAUGGUGUUCUUCCGUUGCCGCCUCCAAUGACACCUUAAAACCAGGUGUGACGGUGGAGGUUUGUAAUGGGCUGCCACAGUUGACAGUGCCGCUGCCUUCCCGGCGAGACCUUUGUCGCUUCACUCUACGGCCCGUCACCCACACCGUGCAGGACCUGGUGCAUCAGCUGACCCACGAGGACCACGGCAUUGACAGGGUCGUCCUCAGAACUACAGAUGGAGUACGAAUCUCCACCUCGGACAGCAUCGAAUCUCUGCUCAUGACCGAUUUUGACCUGAUCAUCAACGACAUCUCCUACCGAGUGGUAGUGCCAGAGGAACAGAAGCUUACCUUGGAAGAGCUAAGUGACAUGGGAGAUGUCCGCCAGCUGGUGAAUAAGCUUUAUAUGGCUCUUAAUGUGGACCAACACCAAGUGAUGAAGGAACGAGAUAUUGUGGCACAGAUUGAAGACUUAAAAUCACAAUUAGCUCCACUUGAAAAGCAACGUGAAAAUUUGGUUGCAGCUGCUGAACGACGCACAGCCAUUUUAGCUUGGGCUGGAUUAGGUUAUAUGGCUCUCCAGUUUGGAUUUCUUGCAAGAUUGACAUGGUGGGAAUAUUCAUGGGAUAUUAUGGAACCUGUCACAUACUUUGUUACUUAUGGCACAGCAAUGGGAGCAUAUGCUUAUUACGUCGUCACAAAACAGGACUUUGUUUUACCGGAGGUUCGAGAUAGACAGUUCCUGCUUUGUUUCCACAAGAGGGCCAAGAAACUAGGGAUGGACAUUGGUAAGUACAACGUUCUCAAGAAUCGUUUGGCCGAGUUACAGUGUGACUUGGAGAGGCUUCGUGAUCCUCUGGCCCUCAACCUACCUCACUCAGCACUAAAAGAACCACCUACUGCACAAGCACCACUUGCUAAAGCACAACAGACCAUCAAAAAUUUGUUGGGUCUGAAAGAGGAUAAGUAGCUUUUAUAUUGUAUUUCCCAAGGAAGGUCAGUGGAUACAUGAAUUAUCUGAUUAGCUUACAAGAUGGACAAGUUAAAAGAUAUCUUCAUCUACACAUGUUCAGCUAACUCUUAACAAUAUUUGAAAGAAUGAUAGGGUAUGAGGAAAGCAAACUGCCAAUUUUGAUAUUGAACCUACAGUUAGGAAGUGCUUGCAUGAGUUACGUGGAUCAAGAUGAAGCUAAUUAAAAUGAAAAGCUGUGUGGUGGAAGAAUUUUUGGUAAUAAUUUUAAGAGAAUAAUAAUUUUGAAUAUCAUAACACCAAAUCUUUCAUAUUUAAAAUCUGUUUACAACACCAAAGCCAAAAGUGACAAACUUAAUAAUUUACCAGUGAAAUUAUAUUAUGCCUUUCAGAAACAAGUAUUGUUCAUGGACUCUCUAUACUGUACACUACUAGAUUCUUGUGAGACACCAUUGGCAUACCUCUAGGAAAUGCACUGUACAUUGUGUUCUCAAAAUAAAUUAUUCUGUUUGACUUUGAAACUUUAAGGUACUGUAGUGAUAUUCAAGAUAAACAUGUAUAUACCCUAAACACUAUGUUAUAUUUAGCAUAUACUGUAAUGGUAUGCUGUUGGUGGUAUUCCAAAGUUAAUAGAAUGAAAUGUUUCAAAUGUUGUUUAAUUUUUUAUAAAACUGAUGAAUACGAAAUAUAAAAGAAGUUUAAUAAUUUGGAAGCCAAACAAUCAAAAGGAAUUAAAGUAACAGUCAACCAUGGUGAACAAUUGGAAAAAAAAUAAAAAAAUUAAUUAGUUUCAGUAAAUUUUAAUCAUAUUAUGAGUAAUGAAAAAAAAAGUAUUUUGCUGUGUGCCUCAGUGCUUGGAAAAGAAUCUGUGUUGAUAAUCAUUAAAACAAAAAAGUAACAGA